AUGUCUAAGCCUGACAUCAUAUCCUGGACGCAAUCUCACCUCGGCGCCCUCUACGAAGCGCGAGAGGACGAGAUGUUUGCCAACGCCUUCGAUACUGCAUUCUCCCCCUCUUGCGAGGUUCGUGUGAACCAUGCACCUUCAACACUUGAUGCUUUGAGGGAAAGCGUCUCAUCGCGUAAAGCCGCCACCAGAGGAGUUGCACUCUCUUGGGAGAACGUUAUCUCCACAGGCAAUAAUCCGGACGAACCCUCGGUGGUUGCCGGAACUUUAAUCAUCACUCGUAGCAUGAUGUUCCGCAUUCGUGCCGCUCCUGCUCAACGCCUGACUCACAUCAACUUCAGUGCAAAGGUAGAACGUCUAGAAGACUCUAACGUUCAGGCAGUUGAAAAUGAUGACCGUCAUCGCAUCACUAGCCUCUAUCUUACCUCGGUGGACACAGUACCACCGAUUCAUUCCGCGACACCCCAUCCAGUUAGCCAAGAAGAGCAGAAGUAA